UCCCUCCAAUAGUCCCUCCCUAGGCCUGCCCUCCACACUGAGAGUACCCGAUCCCAGACCUGGAAAACUCAUUCAGUCUGGUUUGAAUGGAGCGUCUCUGACGGAGCACCGAGGACUAACUUCUCCUUCAACAGAAACCAUGAGAGUUCUGCAGCUGGUACUGAUCAGCUCCCUGCUGACCCUGAUCAGCCUCCCUGGUCCUGGUCAUGGAGAAUCCUACUUUGGGGACAGUGUCUGCAGUCUACAAGUCAUCCAAGAUGUCUCCACCUUUCAGCUGUCUUUACAAAUCAAGACGAGUCGUCGGAAUGGGCUCUUGCUCCUGGCUGCAGGAAUGGAGGAUUACCUUUUCCUUGAGCUCAUAAAUGGGAAAGUACAGGCUCGAAUUAACCUGGGAGCUGGUGAGGUCACCCUGUCUUCAUCUCAAGGAGUGCAGCUCAGCAACCUUAUGUACCACAAAGUGUUGUUGACUCUGCAGGAUGAAAAGCUCACCAUGACCAUUGAUGAUGUCUUUCCAACCUUUGUACCUGUGCCUGAUGAAGGAGAGCUGCUCAAUAUUGACAAGGGCAUUUGGCUUGGAGGAACUGGGGACCUGGACGCUCCUUACCUCAGUAAUGCCAUCCCGCCCUUUCGUGGUUGCAUGACUAACGUCAAAUUUGAAUCUCAUCAAUUUGAUAUCCUCACUUUUGCAUUUAAGCAGUGCCAUGACACAAAAGAAUCCUGUAGUAGUGAGUUUGAGGCUGGAGAUGGAGAAACAAUCAGUUUCAGCACUCCUGAUACCUUUGUGUCCUUCCCAACAUGGAGUGGGUCUGCUAAUGCUUCAAGGACUUUAGAGUUUCUGAUGAAAACCACCAUAGAAGAUGCUCUACUUGCCUUCCACCAUGGCCAAGAGCCGGACUUCAUUGCUGUGGGGGUUGCAAAAGGCAAGCUUAAGGGCAUACUGGACAUUGGAGGUGGCUUGGUGGUACUUGAUAAUACACACGUUCAACUGGAUGAUGACCAGUGGCACAGAGUCAAGGUUCAAGUCAGUCAGAACUCCUUUGUUCUCACUGUAGACAGCCAGGCAUCCUCCAUUCCUACUGACCCGUCACACAAACUGGAUUUAGUAGGAAACUUGUAUUUAGGGGGUAUUCAGGAGAAAAUGAAAGAAGUUUUUCGUGAAAGUGGGUCCCUAAAUCAUUUUGAAGAUGACAUAACGUCUGAAUCUUUUAUUGGAUGCUUAGGAGAAAUCAAAGUAAACUUGAGGGGUCGGAGUCUGCAGGAUGCUCUGGUGACUAAAGAUGUUCACAGCAAAUGUGAAGGAGAGGACUAUGACUACUCCACCUAUGAUGAGACAGAAGCAACAACUUCGCCACCUGUUCGAAUUCUGAACACAGAAACUCAGUUGAAUGAACUGGAUUGCUACCCAACAGAUGAUCUGCCGGAAAUAUUCAGAAACGUAACAAAACUUCUGAACAUCAGUCCUGUGCAUGUGACUGAAGGUGGAGAGGCUUUUCUACAUAUCAGCAACAUAAACCCUACAUUUGACCUUGUUGCUGCAGGACUUCGCCCAUCUGAAAUUAUUUUUAGUCUCCAGAGCAAUCCGUUGUAUGGCCUGGUUGACAUAAAUGUUAGCCAAAGACAAAUGAGAAAGUUCACCCUUCUGGAUGUUCUCAACGAGAACAUAAAGUAUAUGCAUGAUGGACACGAAAGCUCUGUAGACCAGAUAGAGCUCAUGGUCGUUGCUCAGAGUGCUGGUUACCUUCCAGACUGUUUAAAAAGUCCACAAAAAUAUACUGUUCCAAUUGUGGUUCUCCCAGUUGAAGGAUUGCCAGAAUACGGUGGAGCUAUUCUUAUCAAAGAAAAUGGCAGGACUCGUAUGAGUCCCAGUCUUUUUAGAAUCACGAGUUCUGACAUGAGCUGCAAACAGUCAGUUGUGGAUAUAAUUGUAGCACCUUCCAUUAGAUUUGGUUAUCUGGAAAAUGGGGAGCAAAGAGGAAAACACAUUUCACAAUUCACCUGCAAAGAGUUGAAUGAUGGAAAAAUCUAUUUUGUACACAGAGAGGGUGGCACUGGUAACAUCACCAUUAAAGUGUCGGAUGGUCAGUCAGUAGUCCAGUCAAAUACUUUAAAGAUGCAAGUAACAAACACUGAAACUCCAUCUUUGUUUCUUACCACCAACACCGGCCUUAAUUUAUUCCAAGGAAGCAAUGUAUCCAUAAGCAGUCAGAACUUGUCUGUUUCUGCUCACCCUAUCGGUGAAAACAUCUUGUACCAGAUCACACACUCUCCAAAGUUUGGAGAACUGAAAUUCAGGACAGACGAUGGCAGGUACAGACAAGCUUUAGCUUUCCAACAAUCCGAUCUGGAUCAGGGGCUUAUCUGGUACUUCAGCACAGAUUCAAGUAAUGUUGAAACAUAUGUGAUGGAUAGGAUACAAUUUCAUGUCCAUUAUGGACAGAUAUCUUUACUCAAUAACACCUUUAUUAUCAUAAUUGCUCCUUCACGUGUGAGAGUUUUAAAGUUGGAACAUCUGGAAAUCACGUCUGGUGAGAAACAAGUCAUCGGACUCACAAAGCUUCAGGCUGAAUUAAGGGAUAAACACUUGGAUCCAGAGAACAUUAAAUACAUCCUUGUCAAACCUCCAACCCUAGGUAGCCUCCAGCUGUCAGACCAGCAGCUGGCUGAAGAUGACACAUUUACCCAAAAGAACAUUUUGGACAAUGCAAUAACUUACAGCAUCCAGACGGAAAGAGCUGUGAGCCAUCAUGACCAGUUCCAGUUCAGAGUUUUUGCUGAGAGCCAGUACUCUCCCAUCUACACCUUCUCAAUUAGCAUUUUGUCCAGACCAAGUGAAAAUGUUCUGAGUAGUAAAGAGCUGGUAGUUUUGCAGGGGGGCGAGCAGACCUUGAACAAAAACUAUCUCUGGGUGCAGUCUCCAAGUUCCACAAAUUUCCUGUUUAAGGUCAUACAGGAGCCCAUGCAUGGGCGACUCAUUAGGGGUUCCCCACCUGGAGAGCCUGUAUUUGACGAGCCAAUUAGAACAUUUAGUAAUGAAGACCUCCUUCUUGACAGGUUGAUAUACAAGCACGAUGGCUCCAAGUCAAGCAGCGAUGAGUUCCAAUUCUUUGCAGCUGAUCAAAGCCCUCAGCGUUACCGAGAUACCGUGACAGGUGUGUUUAAGAUAUUGAUCCAAUCAAAGAACGAACACAGUCCUGUAAGGAUAGUGGAUCAAGUCUUUAAUGUGGUCCGCUAUGGUCAGCGCCUUCUCACCACUGACGUCAUUCAGUUUAAAGAUGAUGAUUCUGGUUUUAAUGACUCUCAGAUUAUCUAUGCCAGAGAGGGAAUCCUCACAGGCAACAUCGUCUCAGCAUCUAAUCCACAGCAGCCGCUUUUUCGUUUUACUCAAGCUGACCUAAGAGACCAGAAGAUCCUUUUCAUUCACCAUGGAGCAGAUCGAGAGCGCUUCCAGCUACAGGUUUCAGAUGGAUUUCAUAAAACCACAGCUUUGUUGGAGAUUCAGGCCAGUGAGCCCUACCUGCGAGUCGUUAACAAUGCAUACAUUGUCAUCGACCACGGUGGCACCAAAACUCUCAGCACCAGCCUUUUGAGUGCAGAUUCCAACAUGGACAUCAGAGAUGACAGCGAAAUUGAGUUCCAGAUUACAUCGCCGCCCAGAGGUGGCAGGAUUAUUGUGAGAGGGAUUGAAGCUUUAGAGUUCACCCAGGAGGACUUGAAAAAAGGUGUUGUGUCUUAUGAACACAACUAUGAGAGUCUGCAGUCGAAGGACUACUUCAGCUUUACUGUCCAAGCAAAGCAGCGCUCUGCAGAAGGAACAUUCAGGAUUAAAAUAUUCAAACAAGGUCACCUUUCAGAACCAGAGAUAGUAACCAACGAGGUCAUCGUUUCCUAUGAGGGAGAGCAUACCGCGAUCAGCCAGGAUCAUCUCAAGGUGGACCAGGUGGACAUUCUGCCCACAGAUAUGAUUUUCACAGUUAGAGAAGCACCCCGGCUUGGUCAUGUGGUCAUGUUGAAGAACAGCUCAGAGGGCUCAGGCUCACCGGUUCUCGACUACAUUCACUCCUUUUCUCAGGAAGACAUCGAUCAGGGACUCAUCUUCUACGUUUCAGCAUCCAUCCAGGGCUCCGAUGUCUUCACGCUAGAUGUCAGUAAUGGUUUUAACACGGUGGAGGGCCUCCAGAUCACAGUGAACGUGGUGCCCCGGUUCAUCCCCAUCCAGACCUUUAACUUCUCUGUGAAGGAAGGCCUCAGCAGAACAAUUGAUGAAGCAAUUGUGAAUGUCUCACAUCCCUACUACAGCUCCAUAAACGUAGACUUUUUUGUGGAUGAGCCUCCUCAAAAUGGUGACAUCCGCCACCUGCAUGGAGAUCUGCUCACUUACUUCACCUGGGAAGAGGUGAAACUCGGACAGAUUGUCUACAUGCAUGACAGCACCGAGACCACAGAGGACAAUUUUACACUAUCUGCCUCGGCCUAUGAAAUUGACCGCCGCAGUCAUCCUGUCACCAUCUCUGUUACCAUCAUACCGGUGAACGAUGAGCCACCCAGACUGACACGGAACACUGGCCUGGAGGUCCUUGCUGGUGAGGAGGCGGACAUCACCUCCACCAUCCUAAGCACCGAGGAUGCCGACACCCCUGCAGAGGAGCUGGUCUACCAUAUUGAAGAGCCAACCAAUGGGAGGUUGGCUCUGAAGGAGGCGCCUGAGGAGAUCAUCUUCAACUUCACCCAGGCCCACGUGAACAAGGGAGAGGUUGUCUUUCUUCAUGAGGGUGAAGAGUCUGGAGGUUUUAGCUUCACCGUAACAGAUGGAGAGCACACAUCUCCUCUCUACCCAUUUGUCGUGACAGUCAGGCCUCUCACCAUCACCAUAGUAACUAAGGAGGAGCUGGUGAUGUUUCCAGGAACACGACAACCCAUCACAAGAGCCAAUCUUGCAGCUAAAACCGAUGAGGAUGGGAAUGAGAUCAACUUCCUGCUCGUCCGUCCUCCUCGUUUAGGGAGGCUCCUCUUAGCCAAUGACAGGAACCAGUUUGAAGAAAUAAACCAGUUCUCCCAGUCACAGCUGGAGUCGGGAGUGGUGUACUAUGAGCACCAGCUCCCCAACAAGCCUUUCUGGGUGGUGAGGGACUCCAUGGAGUUUGCUGUGUCAUCCCAGCCAGCUCCAGACGUCCGACACGCUCUGCCCAUCACCGUCUCCUUUUAUGCAGCUCACAGCAACAUCUCCUCACAGCUGUGGAGGAACACAGGUCUGGCAAUAGUGCAGGGUCAGAGAAAAACUAUCAACGAUUCAUUCCUUGAUGCUUCCAACCUUCUGGCCAGUGUGCCUGGACCACGGAGAGCUGACCUGGACGUGGUUUUUGAGAUCAAGCAUUUCCCCGAUCACGGCCGGAUCAUUCUGAAUGGAGAGGACCUGCCUCGCAGUGCCCCAUAUUUCACACAGCAAGAUGUUACUCAAGGAAAGUUGGAUUAUCUCCAUGAUGACUCUGGAGCUGCCUUGGACAGCUUUCCUUUCAGGGCUUUUCUAAAGUCAGACAGUGGAGGUGUUGCCUCACCGGCUGAUGCUGUUAUACUGGAGGAGGUCUUCCAUAUUUCAGUCAAACGAAGAGGUUCUGAUCUCCCAGAACUUGUCACCACAGAUAUGCUCCUGGAGGUUCUCCAAGGCUCUGUUAUUUCCCUAACCCAGAACCAUCUAAACACUCACGAUGAAGACAGCCCUCCGGAGGAGGUGCUCUUCAGAGUGACUAAAGGACCUAGCAACGGUAAGCUGGUUAACCUCAUCACUAUGGAGUCUAUUUUUGAAUUCACACAAGAAAUGAUCAAUCGUGGAGAGGUGGGCUUCAGCAGCGAUGGCAGCCUUGCAAAUGACUAUGUGGAGUUCAUUGUGUCAGAUGGAGAACAUCAGACAGAACCGUUUACACUGCACAUUGGUGUUCUGGCUCGGACCCUGCAUCUCGACAGGCUCUCUGAGAUCAGGGUUAAACAAGGGGAUGAUGAGACUCUGGUGACUGAACAGAUGUUGAGGGCCACCACAGGAGGUGCUGCUGAGGAGGACAUCCUUUACAAAAUCACCAGUGUACCAAAGUAUGCAGCUGUCAUGGUGGACCGGCAGCCCACAUCUGCUUUCACCCAGAAACAGAUUAAAGAGGGCCGAGUCAGUGUCCGCUUCGUCAAGUCCAAUUCACCCCAAGACAGUGUUUCAUUUACGGCCCGUAGCCGCGCCGCUAACGUCUCCUCUGUCCUAAACAUCACCGUCCAGCCUCUAGCCAACAUUGCUCAGGAUCCUCUGUUACCUCAGGGAGCUCUUGUUCUCCUGGACAGGAAGCUUCUGGAUGCAUCUCCACUGGCCAAUAAGACCAGAGUAUCCCCCACGUUCACAGUCCUUCAGCAACCUAAGGGGGCUCGUUUUGUGACAUCUAGAGGUCCAGGUGCAGGACAGCGUGUGGACUCAUUCAGCCAGAAGGACCUGGAUGAAGGCCGAGUAGUGAUGGAGAUAGACCAUGCUUCUGGUUCACAAAGUGGUCGUAAAAAGGAUGAAGCUCGCUUCCUGCUAAAGGCUCAUGGAGUCCCGCCUGCUGAAUGUGUACUGUCAUUCUAUACCAGCCCUUAUACUGCAUCAGAAGUUUAUCCAGCCACCCUGCUGAGGACUCCCUCUGAGGUCACUGAUGGACCUGUCCUCACCACAUCAUCUCCAGGCUCCAGCUCCUACGGAAAAGCACAUGUUUCCCGCCGUGGCAGUUUCUGGUCUAUCUUCAUCCCAAUCAUGGUGGUCCUCCUCCUCCUGCUCCUGGCAGCUAUCUUGGCCUACUAUCUGAUCCGUAAGAGCAAGACAGGCAAACACAAUGUCCAGACGGCAGCAUCAAAGCCCAAAAAUGGCGAUGUAGCCUCUACAGAGACCUUUCGUAAAACCGACCCAGUCAACAACAUCGCCAUGUCCAACAUGGACUCCAAAGACACGGACCCAGAGUUGUUGCAGCACUGUCGGACAACAAACCCGACUCCAAAAAAGAACCAGUACUGGGUUUGAAACUCUCUCGCAGAAACGAUGAAGGUGGAUCCUCUAAUGAUUCCUCUCAGUAUUAAAGACCUCCUGCCGCAGAAGUCAAAAGGAAACCGAUCACUGAUGCCUUCUUUUACUGACUGAUCUCAGAACUGUGGACAAAUUCCCAGGCUGGAAACACGGUACACCCACCAGCAAAGACAGAAGCAGUGCAUUCUGUUCGGAAGCUGAUGCCGUGUCUAUUUAUUUCAGUUUUAGUUUUCCCUCUUCAAAGGGCACAGAUGAAGACAUGAACAUGCUGUGUUUGCAAAAGAUAGAUUUUUUUGGUGCUCUGUUUUUGUGUUUACUAUGAUAACACAGACAAACCUUAAUCAUAAAGUUUAUUUAGUAUAUUUGUAUUCCAUUUCUGUUUUAGGCCCCUUGGUAAUGCCAUGCAUAGAGUGAUGAAGUGAAUGUUUGUAAUACAAAAAUAGAUUUUUUUUCAAGGUUAAGGGCCGUUUACAUCUGCCACUCUUGUCCAAAUCUGUGCAUUUACCUGGCCUGUCCAGCAAAAGUUUUCUAGACACGCCACUGUGUUACAGGUCUCGGGUGUUCAGGUUGAAAAUGCAAAACUGACUGAGAUGGAAACCACUUUAUGUUCAUCUUACUAUAGAUGUAAUCACAUGCUGUUUCCUUCUUGUGUUAAAUACUUUUCACUUCAGCAGAGGUGUCCAAACUUCUCAGGACAAGGAUAAAAUUGUCAAGUUUUGCAGGGAAAAAAAUGUUUUUAAAAUAUGCUGAAUUAUGUUAUGUUUUAUUUGUACUCCUUAAAAUAAGUCCCAAAUAGCAAUAUUAGUAAAAUUGUGAAUAUCGAUCGACAUUAGCAGUCUACUGGAGAGACAAUACUAAUCAUUUCAGAAAGGCCAGUGGGGACCACACCAAAUUAAUCCAAAGGCCACAAAGGGCCCCUCAGCUGCACUUUGGACAUGCCGGCUUUACAUCAUAUUCAGAGCCCAGCCCAGAAGGAUGUAUAAAAUGUUGAUUGAAAAGAUUUAUCGUUUUAUUAUGAGUAUCCCAAAUGUCAGCUAUCAGUUUUUCUCUAGUGUUUUUUAUUUUUAUUUUUUUGCUGUAUAUAUUUCUCACAUAUUGUAUAUCAGUGUUUACCUUAUUGUCACUUAUCAGAUACUGAAGCUGUAGUGUUUCUGACUGUCUUCCUCCCAUAUGCUUUUAUCUAUUUAUAGCAGCAAACAGAGAUACAAAUUAACAAAAAGUGUUAAAAUAUCCUGUUUUAUUGGGAGAGUUUUGUAUUUUAGUGAUGCCCUAAAUAAUUCAAAUGAAACAUAGCUUCCUCCAUCAUAACACCACCUUCACUUCCUGUGUCCUGUGUGGACAUCAGGCUCUGCCUCCUUUAGGUACUCGGUAAUGAAGACUUGUGUGUUUGUGUGUGUGUGUGCAUGCAUGGCUCUGUGUGUGUGUGUGUGUGUGUGUGUGUGUGUGUGUGUGUGUGUGUGUGUGCGCGCGCACGCAUGGCUGUGUGUGUGUGUGUGUGUGUGUGUGUGCAUGAAUGUAUGUGCCACGCUCGGGAACCAUUUGGUGGUUUAACCCCCCAAUCCAACCCCGGUAUGCUGAGUGUCAAGCAGGGAGGUAUUGGGUCCCAUUUUUUUCUAAGUCUUUGGUCUGACCUGACCAGGAAUCGAACUCUGAUCUCUCAGUCUCAGGGCGGACACUCAACCACUAAGCCACUGAGCUGGUAUUAUUACACAUGCGUGCAUGCAUGACUGUAUGUGUGUGUGUGUUUGUGGAUGUGUGUGUGUGCGCAUGUGUGUGCAUGCAUGACUGUGUGUGUGUGUGUGUGUGUGUGUGUGUGUGUGUGAGUGCAUGCAUGACUGUGUGUGUGUGUGUGUGUGUGAGUGCAUGCAUGACUGUGUGUGUGCGUGCGUGUACAUGCAUGAUUUUGUGUGUGUGUGUUUGUAUGUGUGUGUGUGUGUGUGAGUGCAUGACUGUGUGUGUGCGUGCGUGUACAUGCAUGAUUUUGUGUGUGUGUGUUUGUAUGUGUGUGUGUGUGUGUGUGUGUGAGUGCAUGCAUGACUGUGUGUGUGUGUGUGUGUGUGCGUGCUUUUACAUGCAUGAUUUUGUGUGUGUGUGUUUGUAUGUGUGUGUGUGUGUGAGUGCGUGCAUGACUGUGUGUGUGUGUGUGUGUGUGUGCGUGCAUGACUGUGUGUGUGUGUGUGUGUGCGUGCGUGCGUGCGUGCGUGUGUGUGUGUGUGUGUGUGUGUGUGUGUGUGUGUGUGUGGAUGUGCACAUUAAAGCUGUGGGUCACGGGAUUCAAGUGAAAUGGGCGUCACGUUAUUUCUGAUCACGUUACUGGGACAAAAUAGGAAAUAAAGUCAACAAGAGUGGGAAUAAAAACACGUUUAGAUUUCUGUUCAAUAAGACACUCUUGUCUUUUAAAUGAAUGUGCCGUUUUAUCUAACAUUUAGUUCUGUCUGGCCUUGACUACAGUGAUUGUGUAAACAUGUCAGACAGUCGAAUGUCGUCAAAUCAUCGGACAUGACCUCUUCUCUAAACUUGCCAAAGGAAAAUAAAUCUUCUGAAAACUUACAGACUGUUUAGUUGAUUAUCGAUAAUCCAUCAAAGAUUGUCUCUGGUCUCUGCAGCAGCUGCCUGCAGGAGCAUUUCUUCCGAGCCAUUUAAAUGAUCUGUGCACCGGAAGCUUUAAGCAGCUGUUUUACAAAUGCGAGGUCAUUUCUUAUUAUUGGGAUAUUACAUUAUAACAGCGGGUUAUUAGAGUAGCUUAACAAAAAGCUCUUCAACUUUCAUCUUAAAGGACCAGUAACAUUAGGUUACAACCAUCACCACGCACAACCCUUUAUGAAGAAUUACAGCAUUUAGAGAUACUUUCAUAUGUAUUCUGAUGUUUCUGCUGUUUCAUAAUUUGCCUAAUAAAAUCUCAAUUUUCUGAUAAA